CUAGCAUUUACGUUCACGAAUCCAAGUUUCUCAUGGCUGAAGAGAGCAGCAGUAAUAAUACUCCAACAUCCACUGAUCAGAAGGAGAGUAAUUCGGCGGCGUUCAAGCUGUUCGGGUUUCAGCUGAGUGGACGUGAAAGCAAUGGACUAGUGGCUGCAGAGAAAGCAGCAGCAGGCUUUGGUCAAGAAAAGAAGAGGUUUCAGUGUCAGUACUGUGGCCGAGAAUUCACCAACUCUCAAGCACUGGGCGGCCACCAGAACGCACACAAGAGAGAGCGACAAAAGCUGAAGCGUACCCACCACUACUGUCAUGACCACAGUUCACAGACGUUUAUGAUUGGUUCUUCUGCUCCGGCGGUUCUGAUGACCUCCCAUGCAAUCAGAUCAUCAGCUAGAUCCAGCAACGAUAUUGCUCGUUUUGCUGCCUCAGCGGCGGGGGGGUUGGUUUCGUCGCCGACGAUCUCUCAUAAUUUGGGCUCUCCGGUUUAUAUUGGACAGCCGGUGCUGCUUGAUCCCACAAUCCCGUUUCUUGGUAAAUCACAUGAAGGAGACGUAGAUCUUAAUCUCAGGCUAAACCCCUCUCCCUCUAGCUAGUUGAUCCUUCUGCAAGUAAAUUAUUAAUUAAUUAAACCGUCGUCUCUGGCUGGGGAAACAAUCAAUCAUCUACUACUCUCCAUUAAUUAAAGUACUGCUUCCUAUUCCUAUUCCUAUUCCGUAGGAGAAACUUCUUGGCUGCCAUUAUAA